CAAUCUCUUCUUCUCUUCUCUUCUCUUCUCUUCUCUUCUCUUCUAUUCUCUUCUCAAUUCCUUCAAUGGUGUAGCCCUCUACUAUUCAUCAAAUCUCUGAGCUACUGUUACUUUCUGGUUCGGAGCUUUAAUGGUGGAUUCAAAUAACUUUUUUGCUAGUCUUCACUAAUUGAAGUGUUGCUACACUUCUGUUACUGUUAUCUGGUAAUUAUUCCUUCUUCACUCAUAGAGAGAGAGUUCAAACUCAAUCUUGCGAGAAGAAGAAAAUGGCACCUAGAAGCAGUCGGGGAAAGACUAAGGGAGAGAAGAAGAAGAAAGAGGAAAAAGUUCUUCCGGUGGCUGUGGACAUUACUGUGAAGCUCCCAGAUGAAUCUCGAAUUGUUUUGAAGGGAAUAUCAACGGAUAGGAUUAUCGAUGUUCGUCGUCUUUUGUCUGUGAAUACAGUUACUUGCAACAUUACAAACUUUUCGUUAUCUCAUGAGGUCCGAGGUUCUCGAUUGAAAGAUACGGUCGAUGUGGCUGCGUUAAAGCCGUGCGUUCUAAACUUGGUCGAAGAGGAUUACGACGAGGAUGGAGCGGUGGCACACAUACGACGGCUGCUGGACAUCGUGGCUUGUACGACAUUCUUCGGGCCGUCGGGGAGCAAAGAGGCAGCAGCAGUUCCAGUCUCUGCAGGCAAGGACUGCAGGUGUGAGGCCGGGAAGAAUGCAGUGGUUGGUGGUAGCAAUGACAAUAAGAAACCUAAGCAGAAACCCACCAAAUCCCAUCCAAAGCACUCUUCUACGUCUCCGCCUCCGCCUCCAUCUCCGUCUCCAACUCUUACUUCUUCUUCUUCAUCGAAAGAUGUCUCCAUUGAGGGCGAGGGAGAGAUCAGCGGCGCCUGUCCUAAGCUCGGUAGCUUCUACGAGUUCUUCUCGCUUUCCGAUCUCACGCCUCCGAUUCAAUUUAUAAGGAGGGUGACAAGACAGCAAAUCGACGAAAUUGCACCAGACAACUAUCUUUUCUCAGUCGAAGUGAAGCUCUCCAAUGGGAAGCUGGUUCUUGUUGAGGUUUGCAGCAAAGGAUUCUAUAGUGUAGGAAAACAGCGGCUUUUGAGCCACAACCUUGUUGAUUUGUUACGGCAACUUAGUAGAGCCUUUGAUAAUGCUUAUGAUGACCUCAUGAAAGCAUUCUCAGACCGCAACAAGUUUGGAAAUCUCCCUUAUGGGUUCCGUGCCAACACAUGGCUCGUUCCUCCAGUUGCAGCACAUUUGCCGUCAAUUUUUCCUCCCCUCCCAGUGGAGGAUGAGACCUGGGGAGGAAAUGGAGGUGGUUUAGGAAGAGAUGGAAAAAAUGAUUUGAUUAGUUGGGCUUGUGAACUUUCAUUUCUUGCGUCUAUGCCUUGCAAAACAGCAGAGGAGAGGCAGGUCCGGGAUAGGAAAGCCUUCCUCCUUCACAGCCUCUUUGUAGAUGUUGCAAUUUUUAAAGCAAUUUCAGCCAUACAGAGUGUAAUGGAAAAAGUGGAUCUAACCAUUGCAAUUGAAGAAAAUAUUUGUUACAGUGAAAGAGUGGGGGACCUGAGCAUCACUGUGAAGAAGGAUGCUUGUGAUGCCAGUGUUAAGGUAGAUACUAAGAUUGAUGGAAAUCAAACAAUAGGAGUAGACCUCAGGCAUCUGAUUGAGAGAAACCUAUUGAAAGGGAUUACUGCAGAUGAAAAUACCACAGCCCAUGAUGUUGUCACUCUUGGCAUUGUCAAUGUAAGAUACUGCGGUUAUAUUGCAGUUGUGAAAGUUGACAAGAGUGAGGGUAGCGAUGUGGGUCCAUUUCAAAGCAUUGAAAUCAUCGAUCAACUGGAAGGUGGCGCCAAUGCCCUCAAUAUGAACAGUUUGAGGAAGCUGCUUCAUAAAAGUCCUUCAGAACAUAACAGAACAACAUCACGUUCACAAAAUUUGGAAUGUGAAGAGCUCACUGGAGCCCAAUGUUUUGUGAAGAGAAUGUUAGAACAGAGUCUUGCUAAACUUCAGGAAGAGGAAGUAGAACAGGACAUUUUCAUGAGAUGGGAACUUGGAGCUUGCUGGAUACAACAUUUGCAAGAGCAAAAUAAUGCAGAAAAGGAUAAGAAACCGUCCAAUGAGAAGGCUAAAAGUGAAGCAAAGGUCAAGGGAUUGGGGAAGCCCCUUAAGCUCCUUAAGAACCACAAGAAUAAAUCUGAUGAGAGAAAACAAAAAGUGCAAUCUGAGGAUGGAAAAUCUCCAGCCGAGGGUUCUUCUGCUAGCGCUGAAGAUGCUCAGUUGGGCUCUGCAGAAUCUCUUGUUGAAAGCAAAGCCAAUGAGAAUGAGCUUGCACUGAAAAGGAUUCUUUCUGAUUCAGCUUUUACACGGUUAAAAGAAUCAGCAACGGGACUUCAUCGCAAGUCUUUGCAGGAGCUAAUUGAGAUGUCUCAGAAAUAUUAUGAUGAAGUGGCUCUUCCAAAGCUGGUUGCUGACUUUGGCUCACUGGAACUCUCACCGGUCGAUGGGCGGACUUUGACUGAUUUUAUGCACACUAGAGGUCUUCGGAUGUGCUCACUGGGGAGUGUUGUUAAGCUUUCAGAAAAUCUAUCACAUGUUCAGUCACUCUGUGUUCAUGAGAUGAUAGUAAGAGCAUUUAAGCACAUUCUUCAGGCUGUGAUUGCCGCUGUCACCAAUCUUGAGGACAUGGCUGUGUCAAUAGCUGCCACACUGAACCUGAUGCUUGGGGUCCCUGAAAAUGGUGAAUCCUGUCACUCUUGUAAUAUGCAUGCCCUUGUGUGGAGGUGGCUGGAGGUUUUCUUGAUGAAGAGAUACAAAUGGGACAUAAGCAAAUUAAACUACAGAGAUGUUCGGAAAUUUGCUAUCCUACGAGGUUUAUGCCAUAAGGUGGGGAUUGAACUGGCUCCCAGGGAUUUUGAUAUGGAUUCUUCAAACCCUUUCAGGAAGGUGGACAUUAUUAGCUUGGUACCAGUGCAUAAGCAAGUUGCUUGCUCAUCUGCAGAUGGGCGGCAACUGCUGGAGUCGUCAAAAACUGCAUUAGAUAAGGGAAAACUUGAAGAUGCUGUCAGCUAUGGAACAAAGGCUCUAGCAAAGCUAGUAGCAGUUUGUGGACCCUACCAUCGGAUGACAGCAGGAGCCUACAGUCUUCUGGCUGUAGUUCUCUAUCAUACUGGAGACUUCAAUCAGGCCACCAUUUAUCAACAAAAAGCACUGGAUAUCAAUGAGAGAGAGCUAGGACUUGAUCACCCUGAUACAAUGAAGAGUUAUGGGGAUCUUGCAGUGUUCUAUUACAGGCUUCAACACACACAGCUGGCUCUCAAGUAUGUAAAGCGUGCACUGUAUCUUUUACAUCUUACUUGUGGCCCAGCUCAUCCAAACACUGCAGCUACAUACAUUAACGUUGCUAUGAUGGAGGAAGGCCUUGGAAACGUGCAUGUUGCCCUUAGAUAUCUUCACAAAGCCCUGAAGUGUAACAAAAAAUUAUUGGGCCCAGAUCACAUUCAGACUGCAGCAAGUUACCAUGCAAUAGCAAUUGCACUCUCGUUGAUGGAAGCAUACCCCUUAAGUGUUCAGCAUGAGCAGACAACCUUGCAAAUUCUCCGUGCCAAGCUGGGCCCAGAUGAUCUGCGUACUCAGGAUGCUGCUACUUGGCUUGAGUACUUUGAGUCUAAGGCUUUUGAACAGCAAGAAGCUGCCCGAAAUGGAACCCGUAAGCCUGAUGCAUCCAUUGCUAGCAAAGGCCACUUAAGUGUGUCAGAUUUGCUUGAUUACAUCAAUCCUAAUCAAGAUGCCAAAGGAAGAGAUGUUGAUGCAAUGAAGAGGAAAAGCCUUGGUACAAAGGUUAAGGAAAUAUCCAACCAAAAUUUCAGCUUAGCAAGUUCUGAAGUAUCUAUAAAAGAUUUGCCUGCAACAACUUCAGAUGAGGAAAAACAGGUCCCUGAUUCUAUAAAUAAGGAAAAAGAGAGCCAGGAAAGUAUUCCACCAGUUCAGUCUGAGUUGACUGUGGUGGAAGAAGUUGCAGAAGAGAAGUUGAAGAACAUAAAUGAAGUACCAGCAGAAGUGAAUGCUGAAGGAGAAGAUGGAUGGCUACCUGUCCAAAGGCCACGAUCAUCAGGCUCAUACAGUCAUCAGUUAAGACAAAGAAGGACAAAUGUUAGCAGGGUACAUAAUUAUCAGAAAAAGGAUGUUGUUGGUGACACGGAUCAGUUUAGAGCUAAGAACACUUAUCACAACAGCCGGUAUUAUUUACUAAAGAAAAAAACCGUUAUUCCUGGGAGCUACAUAGAUUCUCACCCUGCAAAAAGCAACUCUCCAGCUACUAAAUUUGGUCGGAAAGUAGUCAAGGCUGUAACAUACAGGGUUAAAUCAAUGCCUUCAUCUGCCAAAGUUGAAAUAACAGAUAAUUCUCUGACUGGAGAUGAAGUAUCCAAUCCUCUACUUGAACCAGGGACCUCUUCUGCACCAAAUGAAGUUACAUCAGUACAACAGAGCAAUUCACUAGUUACUCUUGGAAAGCCUCCUUCUUACAAGGAAGUAGCACUUGCCCCACCAGGCACUAUUGCCAAGAUGCAGGUCAUGAAGCCCCAAAGUGACCUUCCAGGUGAUGAUGUGCUGGAAAUUGGACAACAUAAAGAGGGAGAAAAUGAACCAAAGGAAAAGAUGAUACCCAUGACAUUGGAGGUAGAAAGCACAAUGGAAGAGAAGAUAGAUAGUUGCAUUCCUGAUUCUGUGCUCAACUUGAAUGAUGAAAUUGAAAUUGUUGGGAGGCAAGAAGAAACAAAACAAAAGGAUAAACUGGGACAUAACACUUCCGAGAUUGUAUCUCCAGUGCUGGAAGAGGAUGCAUCAGACAUCAUUAAGGAUCGUGGACUGUUACAUGAAAGCAACCAAACUGUUAAUAGUGUUAGUUCUAGCAACGACAGCAUCCAAACUGAUAACGGUGCAAAUUCCAGCAAUGCUUGCAUCCAAACUGAUAAUAGUGCAAGUUCCAGCACUGUGCUAAAGGAAGAUCUUUGCGUAAAGGCUACAUCUAGCAUUGUUGAGCCUGGGGAUAGUUCUAACUCUACAAUGCAAGGAGAGGAUCUUAAGGGGAAACUCUCAGCUACAAAUACGGGUGAUAUUCAAGACAUCCCAAACAAGAAGUUGUCUGCCUCAGCAGCUCCAUUCAACCCAUCUCCAGCCGUUGUCUGUGGGCCACCGUCCAUGAACAUUAAUAUUCCCUCCAUUGCUCCUUGGCCAGUGAAAAUGACCAUUCACCCUGGGCCCCCCACUAUCCUCCCUACAGUGACUCCCAUGUGCUCGUCCCCUCACCACCCAUACCCAUCACCCCCUCGAACCCCAAACCUUAUACACCCUGUGCCAUUUAUGUAUCCUCCUUUUACUCAGCCCCAAGCUAUUCCAACCAGCACCUAUCCCAUGACUAGCAGCCCAUUUCAUCAUAAUCACAUUGCAUGGCAAUGCAACAUGAACCCAAAUGCAACAGAAUUUGUUCCUGGCACUGUGUGGCCUGGUUGCCAUCCAAUGGAGUUUUCUGUCUUGCCACCUGUUGUUGAGCCAAUUGCUGACCCUGUCUUGGAGCCAAAAGUGCAAACCAAUCCUCUUGAGGGAGUGGGUUCAGCUUCAACAAUGCCAGUUGAGAGCAGGGACCCAAUGGAGUUAUCUGUCUUGCCACUUGUUGAGCCAAUUGCUGACCCUGUCUUGGUGCCAAAAAUGCAAACCAAUCAUCUGGAGGGAAUGAGUUCAGCUUCAACUGUGCCAGUUGAGAAUAGGGAUGGAGGGGAAGCCAACAACAAUAUUGAUGAUCUGGCAUCUGAGGUCAAAGAUAGUGGGAGCACAGUAUCUGAAAUUGGAUUGGAGAAUAAGGAAGAAAAUGAAGAAUCAAGAUCUUGUAGAGAUGAAACAGAUAAAAGUCAACCGAGUAAUAAUAGCAAUCUAAAUGAAGAGUCAGGAGGCAGACUUGAGGAGCAUGUGUCAAGACACAGUCAAAGGAUUGAUGAAGGGGGAAGCUUUAGCAUUUUGAUUAGGGGUCGAAGGAACCGAAAACAGACUCUGCGAAGGCCUAUAAGUUUGCUCAAUAGGCCAUAUGGAUCACAAUCCUUCAAAGUUUUUUAUAACAGAGUACUAAGAGGAAGUGAAGUUCCCAAAUCCAGUGGCAUAUCUUCUAGUGAAGGUUAACACUAGAGUUGACUCCUAUAUUAUACUCAGUAGGCUGGAGUAUUUUUUUCCUUUCGGGUUUAAUCCUCACAUGAUGUGGUACCAUUUUGCUGAUUUGGCCAAGAAUUGGGAAUGAAUACAGAUGCCAACAGCGAGGAGCUGGUCGGUUUUCCAUAGUAGGCGCUACUGCAGAAGCAGAAGGCUUUUCUGUUUGAAGAGGCUUACAGUAAUCUCUUUUGAAUUCGGAGAGAUGAUGUCUCAAGGGUAACAGCUUUUUGGUUUCCACUGGCCAUGUUUUGUUAUUGAUUCAAAUAAAAUGAUUUAAUUUUUGGUGAAUGUGAAUUGGGUUUCUUACCAGGUUACUGUCUUUGUAAUCAUUUGAAACAAAACCUGAUUCAUAUUGUUUAGUUAAACUGCCAAAACAAAUAAUGACAAUUUUGAAAUGUGCAAAA